UUACAGAAAUAUUUGUGCAACGAAUCGUUUGUUUCAAUAUCGAGUUGCUGAACCUUGUUGUUCUAGCAGACGAUACCCGUAAACAGUGGUGAGGUAGUAAUCCGUCAUGUUUUGCAGCACGAAUUCGAAAGUCUUGUUACAUAAGUAGAAACUUUGCAUUGAAAGGUCUCUUACUACGAGACAGCAAUGGCACUAGUUCUUCAAAAUUAUACCCGUUGGUUUAUGUCUACUAUCAAACUUGCAUCACGGGUUAGUAGGACAGGCAAAACUAAAAGGUGGUGUAGCCAUGAUAGUACCCCUCCUAGCCCACAAUUCGGCCAUUCUGUGAUUCUACUUCAAGACGGAUUAAACAUUGAAGAACUGCCUAUUGCAGUAAGAAGAGCCAAUAAUCAAUUUCUACAGAUGAGAUUGAAAAGUAAUUUUGAUGUCCAGAACAAUUCUACGUCAACAAGAAUCAUUUCUUCUGAUUCCAUCUUCAAAAACUGUCAAAAUCCUGAAGCAGUAUUUUCCAAAUUGGAUGAAUUCAAUAUAGAUGAAGUUUCUGCUCUGCUUGCUUAUCACGCCCUGGCCAAAUUAGCCGAACUGGGAAUGAAUAUUGAAUAUCGCAAUCAAGGUGCAGAACUAGACAAGUCUUUCACCAUAGACUCUGUACUCCUGCAACUAGGAAACAUAAUUUGCAAAUCUGGAACAACAGAUCAUUUAAUUGGAUGUAUGAAAUUAAUUCUCUUGCCCUCAUUUCCUGGCAGAAUUGGCUCUCUGAGGAAACUAUUAGCUGAACAGUGCCUUAAUCGAGUACUUGAUAACAUGUGCAACAUUGUUCAAGUAUGUCAAGUUGUCGAGAUUUUCUCAGCCAUGUCACAGCAAUCGUGGGCCGAUAAAUGCUGGGUAGGGCUGAUGGGCCGAAAGAUCGACGAAGCCGACAUUGUAAGAGUUUUCCAAAUUUUACCACUUCUGAAAGAAAGUCAGCGGGCCGUCUUCAACCAUCUAGAGAGACUCUUGGUCGCUGAAGCGAAUUUACUAGAAGAGAGAAGUGUCCUACAAAUUUUGGCCAUUGUUAACGAACUUAGAUUACCACACAGACGACUUUGCCUCCGUAUGUCUAAAUGGAUGAGACUAAAUCUCCAUACUAUGACUGAAGAUGGGAUAACAAAGAUGUUGGUGUUGUACCGCCAGAUGGAUUACUCUGAUCCCCACCUGGUCCAAGCAAUGGAACGAUUCUUCAAAUCGAGGACAAGCGGAGUGCAAGAAGAAUUGAUAGUAGCAGCAUCGGAUUAUUUUCGGCACUUCCAGUUGUGUCCCACCGUGGUUUUAAACGUGGUAGCAAACAGUUUUUCCCGUCUAGGUCAUAAAAAAUUGAGUGUCAACACUGUUGAAGCUGUCUUGACGGCAUUUGGCGUGCUUGAUUUUCAUCCUGAAAAUGACUACGCAUUCUGGUCAGCAGUUGAAGAAGUUAUCGACAAAAGACUUAUUGAAUUUCGACCGGAAUCGCUUUUGGACGUAUUCUUGUCGUGCAUUUACCUUCAACGUUAUCCAUUAAACUUCGUCCCCAGACUUUUCUCUUCGCACUUUAUCCAUCGGUUGCAUAGCCAAACGCAAGACGAGCUAAUCGAGUCAUGCCGUUCCAAGAUGAAACUGCUUGAUGCCGCCAUGAGUUUCGAAUGCGGCCAGUACGGUACAUCCCAUGUUCUACCCAAGGAUUACCAUGCAAAAGCGAUGUUGCGGGACGGACGAAUCUCUCGUGCCUCCAACCUACUGGUUACCCCACUUCAACAGAUUUGCGAACAUCGUUUCAACGUGACUCCCUCCAUCGUAUUGAGAGACCUUCCGCUGAAUCCUAUUUACGUGGUUGAUGUUUUGAUUUCACCAGCCGGUGAACCGGCCAUCUUCCGUUAUGGAUACGGUCGAACGUACGAUAACCGCAACUGCGUAGCCAUCCUUAUCCAUCCACCAGAACAUUAUGCGAUUCAUACGACCUCUAGGAAAAGACUGGUGGGCGUUCAGGCUAUGAGGCAUCGUCAUUUGGUACUAAUGGGUUUUCAACCGGUCCACUUUGACUGGCAGGAGCUCGUUUCGUUGGAGGCCAAAAAAGAAAUGCUUCAAUUGUAUCUUGAUAGUCGCGUCGCUUCUUUAUUAAAUGACUGUACGCGCUCGUAAUCGUAGGUUAACAGUUAUUUGCUGUCCGCGUGAUAUUUUCUGAAAUACAUUUCUCUGCCUCUGUAAA